AUGUCGUUCCAAUUCGUCAACGUAACACCAGGUCAAACCGAACAUGACGACGAGACGCGCCGAAAGAUCCGGAGCCAGGCCAUGCGCGACUUCAGAAGACGACAGCGUUUCGAAGAAUCGACGCCCGAAAGCACAGAAGGCUCACCUUCAGAGGCUUCGAGUCCUCCGCAAUCGUCUGCAGGCGGGUCCAGACAAGAGUCCAGGAAACGCAAAGGCAGCACUCAAUCUCUCCCAACGGACCUGGAGGUACAUCGACGAACCAGUAGUAGCUUGUCCCGAGACGAGUUGCCGACGAUUCAUGAUGAAGAGGGCGUCAAGCAGAGGCGUCCCAGUCCAAAAACUUCGAUUAGCGAUGAGCAGGCGAAGCUGAGUCGUAAUAUCAGACAACGGGCCAGUACCAGAGCACAGCCGGGAGUCUUUGGCACGUUUACGGUCAACUUACCUCGACGCCAGAGGCCACGUCGACCGACCUUCGACGAUAUCAACCCACUCGAUACUCCUGGUCAACUGGAGCAUCUGCUGAGCAUAUGUCAGCGGUACAACCAUUGGCUUGGUGCGCAAUGGCCUUCACAGCCUGAGCUUGACCUGCCCGGCGAUCCGUCAAACGAUACCACGUCGCAGAUGCUGUUGUUUGCUCUAUGUCUGAAGUCGAUCGGAUACCUGGACGCUCUGGAGCCUGGUCAAACCCGGGCGGAUACCGACCUCCUCAAGACCAAAGUUCUCGCGCUCAUCAACAGACGGCUGAAGAGCCCCACCGAGGCACUCGAAGAUAGGACGAUCGGAGCGCUGGCUUGCCUGACCAGCUAUGAAAUCUCUCGUGGCUCGAGGGAGGCUACCAUGCACCUUCACGGUCUCUGCCAGAUCAUCAGGCUCCGGGGAGGAACAGUCAGAAUCGGAGACAACGGCGGUUUGGCCAUGUUUCUCCAGAUGCUUGAUCUCGUCCAUGCGGUUUUUUUCAGUGAAGCGCCUCUGUACACGGCCGGGGACACCUCGCAGCCCAGCUCACUGCAAGACACGCCGCAGCUACAGCCGGAUCAAGACAUGCUGGAUGAGAUCAGUGAUUUGAUCAUGAGCAUACCUGAGAGAGUCGGCCCGGACGAUCCACCGGAAGAUUUGGCAUUGCAGCCUUCCAUCACGCCGUCUACUUUGGAGAUGGAGGUCCAAGGCUGGUAUCAGUUCUUGAAGCAGCCAGAGCCCACAGUGGCUGUAAAGUACGACGGCGCCCUUGCAUAUGCCUGCAAGUUGGCGGCUGGAUUGCAUCUUGCGGCUUACAGUCCUCUUGCCGCAAACUCUGCGAGGCUGCAGUUGCAGGCUGUGGAGUUGUUCAGCGUAAUGUCCAGACUGCCGGACGAUGCUUGGGAAGCUUGUCAUACGCUGCACCUGCGAAUUCUCCUCACAGCCUUCGCCACUGCUCCCUCUUCGGCCUCGAAAUCCUGGUACGUUGCACACUUGACGCGCUGCUUGUACCAAACGGAGCAGCACAACUGGAGUCUUGUCAAAGACUUGAUGCUCCGCUUCAUCGCCAUGCAGUCCAUGGCGAGACAGCCGCGACGCCAGAGCGUAAGGGCGCUCGCGAACGAUGUCGAAGUGGUGGUCGACCCGGCCGAAGCAGACGAAAUGGAUCUCAGCGUUCAGUCGGCAGCGAUAGAUCCAUCGUUGGGGAGCAUGAGGAGCGGUCUAGACCCGCGCCGGUAG